CGCUGUUACUCUCUAGAACAUUUCGAUUCCCAUAAGCGCAAAUGGCCAUGCGAUCGGUGCUCAGUCGUUCGUCGUUGACUCCUUGUACGGCGCGUGCCGCCGGAGCCGGUGGAUUCCGGUUCCUCUCCGACGGAAAAGGUCGAGUGCUUAGUGAGGAGGAGCGUGCUGCCGAGAACGUCUACAUCCAGAAAAUGGAAAGAGAAAGGUUGGAGAAGCUGAGGCUUAAGGCAGAGAAAGAAAAGGCUGAGAAGGAGAAAGAACAGUCUGAGAAGGUAUUCGUCACUCUUAUAAUUUUGGUUGGAAUUGUCAAAUGUUGUUUAUUAGUUGAUUUGUGGCAUGUAUGACAGUGAAGAACUGUGUUUUGUGAUAAUGCAAUAUUUCUUUUCAUCAUGCCUUACGGCUUGGUGGGAGGUGGGAGGUGGGAUCCAUCAUCAUCCUUUGUUUGUUCCCAACCCUUCGGUUGAGUAACUUGCACUGACUAUUUAUUCGAUUUCUUGUAUCUAUAUGGAAAUUGAGCGAAGCUUCCAGAUAAAUAGAUAUCGAUUGCAAGCUAUUAUGGUCAUCUUUUGCUUGUGUCCAAUCCAAUUGUGGUUCAUUAGGAACGACGUAUUUUCAUAGCUGCUGAAAUUUAAUGGGAUUUAAUUCUUGAAUCUUCGUUUCUUGUUUCCUGCAGAAAUUUGUUACCACCAUUGAAGUAUUCUUUAAAUAAAGCCCGCUUCUAGAAUGCUAUUAUGGCAGUAUGCCGAAGCACCUUUUGUUCUUCUAUCUCUUUUUCUUUCGGUUCUUCGUUUUUCUAGUCAUCAUACUGAUCUGAAACUUUCUCACUAAUUUUUGUACUUUUACCAUUCCCCAAACAAAUGUAUUAGUUGAGGUAUUAGAUUCCACCUCAAAACCAAUUUGGAACGAGUAGCAUAUCUAUCUUGAGUGUGAGGCUUUUGGUUUUUCUCUUUUCAAUGUGGAAUCUCAACAUAUCCCUCAAGAUAAUCUCUCUUUUGUGUUUACCAUUCUUGAUUGGACCUAAUACUUGCCUGGGCUAGGCUCUAGCACCAUAUUAGAUAAUAUGGGUUUCAUCUCAAACCAAUUCUUAACAAGAGGAGUAGCUCAUCGAUCUUAUAAGAGGAGUAGAAGGUCUCUUGAUUUCUUGACAUGAGAUUCUCCUCCACAUGCUAAUGAUGAUAUGUCUUGCUAUAUUAUAAGGAAAAAUUUGUAAUUUAAUGUUUCAAUUAGCUCAACUCUCCCCACUCAUUUUGUAAACUUCGUUUACCCUUUUUUCAUUAUUGUUUCAUAUCUGCAUAUCUGCAGAAACAUGAAGGGACCCAGUAGAUAAAUGGUGGGCACAUCUGCUUUGAAGUUUGAUCUUGAUCGCAUGGAAUAAAAU